CAACGGUCGGUCGCCGUCUCCCUGGCAACGGUGGCGGUGGAGAGGAGAGACAGAGAGCGAGAGGGAGAGGGCGGACGCUCUCCUCCUACCUGACCUGACCCAGACCCUUGGCCUCCCUCACACACACACAGCCACAGCCUCAUGGACGCCACCCAGAAGCCGCUGCGUAUUUCCCCGCAGCUGGCCAUGUACGCCGAGAAACACCGCGUGUUCCAGACGCUGAAGAGUAUGGUGCAGUUCCUGGUGGUUGAUAAACCAAAUGAUCCCAUCCAGUAUAUGAUUGAAUACCUUAAAAGUGAAAAUGAUGAAGUUAUCCGGGUUUUUAUAGUGGGAGCCCCUGCUUCAGGCAAGAUAACUAUUGCCAAGCUGCUAUGUGACAACACUAAUGCCUGCCUCAUCAAUCGAAAGAGUAUGCUAGAAGAUCAGGCAUCGGCCCUCGCCACUGAAGCUCGCAACUACCAAGCAUCUUCUCAGGAAAUUCCCCACACACUCUGGGCAAAGCUGAUCCUAGAAUGGCUGUCAAAAAUGGACUGCAUCAAACGGGGUUGGGUCCUGGUGGGUUUUCCUGUCUCUCGGGAGCAGGCGAUUGUCCUGCAGGAAAUGGGAGUGGCACCGGAUCAUGUUGUCAUACUCGAUGCUCCUGAUACCGUGCUAAUUGAAAGAAAUCUCGGGAAAAGAAUUGACCCCUUCACCGAAGAAGUCUAUCACAUAACCUUUAACUGGCCAGAAGACCCUGACAAGCAAGGCAUUCUCAGGGAACCAGAGGGAUUAACUGAGAAAGCCACUGUAACAAGACUAUUGGAAUAUCGCAGGGAGAGCCAUGGGGUACAGAGCAGCUACAAGAAAAUCUGCAAAGUCAUUAAUGCUGAUCAGCCCACUGUUGAUGUCCUUUCACAGGUCAUGACCUUUGUCCAUAGCCGUCAUCGUUCUGUGGCUCCCUACGCACCGCAUAUUCUCCUCUAUGGUCCGCCCGGCUGUGGGAAAAACCUGCAGGCAGCCAUGAUUGCUGAAAAAUACAAAAUAGUGGAUGUAUCCUCUGGACAUCUACUGAAACAGGCAACGGCGGCCCAGACUAAGAUUGGGGAAGCAGUGCAAAGUUAUGUCGAGCAAGGCCAACCAGUUCCAGAUAGCAUGGUAUUGAGGUGUCUGGAAGAAAGACUGUCUAAACUAGACUGCAUUACUCGGGGGUGGGUGCUUCAUGGAUUCCCCCGAGACAUAGAACAGGCUACAUUGCUAGAGGAAAAAGGAUUCCUGAUGAACAGAGUUUUUUUUAUGGAUGUUCCUGAUGAUGCUAUCAUUGAGCGUCUCACACUGAGGACAACGGAUCCAGUCACAGGUGAAAGAUAUCAUUCCGUCUACAAACCUGCACCAAAUAGUGAGGUUCAAGCUCGCUGCCAGCAGAACCCCAAGGACUCCCUGGAACAUGUGGAGAAUGAACUGAAGGUGUAUCAUGACCACGUCACGGAACUUGGCAAAUUCUAUCAGGCUGUCAUCCACAUUAACGCAGACCAGGAUCCUCACACGGUGUUUGAGUUUAUCGAGAGCAGUGUUCUCAAUCCUCCAGUAAAACGCAAAGCUUCCUAAUCAAUAGUGUUAACAUGGCAUUUUCUGUGAUAAAUGUUUUGUUUAAAUGCUAUUGAUUGAGUCACUCAUUUUCAAAUAAAGUAACUUCAGGCAUUUACAAUCAUUCAUAGCUCCUCCGAAUGUGGAUUUUGUUUUUCGUUUUUCCUGUGAGAUCAUCUUCAAGCACUGACAUUAAGGGUAGCCAGAUAAGAGUGGGUGAGUACUCUGGAAGCCAGCGGAUUGCUACAAGCCUGAGCCUUGUAACCUCACCUUUCCCAAUAACAGCAAUUGUAGCUACAUCCAUUGGUGGAUGUAGCUCAACAGUCUUGUGUUUCGUGCAGGUAAACCUGGUCCCAGCUUGGCACUUGACUGAAAGUAAACAAUGCUUCAAGUCAGACUGGUAGGCGCACUGGGCCAAAGUGUUUGAACUUUCAGAGUUUCUAUAGUAGAUGAACGGAAUCACAUUUGAGACAUUGGUGCUAAUCAUUUAAAAAUAAAUGUGAUAAAAUGGAGCUAAAAUACAUAUGUAACUGAAAAUGUUAUGAGUUUUUUUCCUCAAAAUGUAACUUAAAGUCUGGGAAGUGGGAAAAAUUGCUGAAGGUUUUCUUAUUUGAGACAAAGCGUUUUACAAGAGUGGACACAGACUGUGAAGACAUGAGGCAGAAAGAAACAACAAUAAUCUUGACAGAUUUAAAUAGGAAUUUAGCAUCUGCAAGUACUUCAGUGUUAUAAAUUGUUUCAUGGCUCUGUGAAACACUGUAUAAACUUCCACUGCAGUAGCUAAGAGAAUGCUUGGUGUGAACUGAUCUUAAAAUUAAGGAAAAAAGGGCAAGAACGUGUUUCUUUUCACUGUGAUACGAGGUUUGAAUGUCCUGCUCCUAUCUCAAAGAGCUGUGCAUGCGGAAUGAUUUGAAGGAUUCAAGAAGGAGAUGAAUAGAUAUUUGGGAAGUAAAAAUAUUAAAAGAUAUAGUGAAAAA